CUUUUAGUUCCACCAUCAAACUAUAGCCAAUGGAUGCAGUUUCCGCUCUUCCAAAUGCUCUACAAAUGCUUCUCGUUGCUGCUCUCGUGGUUCAAGCAUUAAUGGUUGCUUCUGCAGGCAACUUUAAUCAGGAUGUUGAUAUCACAUGGGGAGAUGGUCGUGGAAAAAUUCUCAACGAUGGCCAGCUGCUUACUCUCUCCCUCGAUAAAGCCUCUGGUUCAGGCUUCCAAUCCAAGAAUGAAUUUCUGUACGGGAAGUUCGAUAUGCAACUGAAACUUGUGCCUGGCAACUCUGCAGGGACCGUCACUGCCUACUACUUAAAAUCACAAGGAUCGUCUUGGGACGAGAUCGAUUUUGAAUUCUUGGGGAACCUAAGUGGUGAUCCGUACAUCGUUCACACUAAUGUUUACACGAAAGGCAAAGGUGACAGGGAGCAACAAUUCUACCUGUGGUUCGACCCGACUGCUGAUUUUCACACUUACUCGAUUCUAUGGAAUCCCGGACACGUUAUUUUCUAUGUAGAUGGUAGACCGAUUAGAGAGUUCAAGAACCUGGAACAAGCUGGUGUUCCCUACCCGAAAAACCAAGCCAUGAAAAUGUAUUGUAGCCUAUGGAAUGCGGAUGAUUGGGCCACGAGAGGAGGCCAAGUGAAGACAGAUUGGAGCCAGGCGCCUUUCACAGCUUCUUUCAGGAACUUCACUGCUAAUGCUUGUGUCUGGUUUAAUGGAGCCUCUUCCUGCCCUUCGGAUUCGUUUUCCAACAGUGCCUGGUUUUCGCAGGAGCUGGAUUCUUCCAGUCAGAAAGUGCUGAAAUGGGUGCAAAAGAAGUACAUGGUUUACAAUUAUUGCAAAGACGCUAAACGAUUCCCUCAGGGCCUACCUGUUGAAUGCACUGUCAGGAACAGGAAAACAGAUUGAGACAUAAGUACUUUCCAGAAGACUGUAAUAUAGUUCUUCAGAAAAACCAAUGACAAUGUCGAUUCGAGUCGUUUAUAUAAUCAU